AGUGAGACAUUAUAAAAUAUAUAUAUACCUAAAUAAUAAAAAUAAAUAAAAAAUUUAGGGGCACUUUCCAACACUGGACCAUGAACAGCUCCGCCCCUGGGCCGAUAAAUACGUAUAGCCAUAAAGGAAGGAACCACGCGUUGUGGCAUUUGAAAAUCAAGUCAUUGAAAUCAAGAUCCUUAUAAACGUGCACAUAUGGCAGAGCGCUCAAGUGAGGUAGCUGUUGCUGGAAUGACAAGAGAGGAAAAAGUCCAGGAUAAGAUAGAUGAGGCCGAGCUCGAGAAGAUAAUAAACGAUUCACCAGGAGCAAGUGAAGCGAUUAAGCAGAUUAAGGAUGGAUUCAAACAGUUCAAGACCAAUGAAUUCGACAAGUUUCCAGACUAUUACACUAAACUAGCCGAGGGACAGAGCCCAAAGUUUCUGGUGUUUACAUGCUCAGAUUCACGAGUAUGUCCAUCUAAUAUCCUAAGCUUUCGGCCAGGUGAAGCCUUCAUGGCCCGGAACAUUGCUAACUUGGUUCCUCCUUUCAACCAGGUUAGGUAUUCUGGAGUUGGAGCUGUCAUUGAAUAUGCAGUUGCAGAACUCAAGGUUGAAAUUAUUUUGGUGAUUGGACACAGUCGAUGUGGGGGAAUAAAGGCUCUAAUGUCUCUUCCUGAGGAUGGAACAACUUCUUAUGACUUCAUUCAUGAUUGGGUUAAAAUCGGUUUGCCUGCCAAAGCCAAGGUGAAGGCCGAGUUUGGGAAUUUAUCGGAUGAGGAACAGCGUGCCAUUUGUGAAAGGGAGUCUGUGAACUUGUCUCUGGAAAACCUACUUACUUAUCCAUAUGUGCGAGAUGGGUUGGCGAACAAAACUUUGCUACUUAUGGGUGGAUACUACGAUUUUGUCAAAGGGACUUUUUCCCUCUGGGGGCACAAUUUCGGCAUCAAACCCUUUAUCUUUGUUUGAGUUUUACACCAUGAUUGGUGUCAAAUAAGAAUCAUGGAAUUUGUAUCUCUGCUCGCAAAGUAAGUUGGACUUUCGUACAUUUACGCUUUCUAAACUCUGCACAAAUAGAAGACUCGUGUAUCAAACUUUCUUCUACGCCAUAAUAAGAUGUUCAGCUAUGUACUAGUUAUGUUAUGGUAAGAUUGUUCAAAUAGUGCUGGUUAUGCCAUGAUAAGAUGUAUUUUACCUUGAAUAAAAUAGAGAAGCUCUGGCAUGCUCUCUUUCA